CCAGAGAUAACACUAAAUAUGUAGGUUCAUACCUCUAUUCUCAUCUGCAUCUCCCAUUGUUCUUCACCAGGUGGUUGUUCCUACGCGCCCGAGUAUUACAUCAACAUCCGGACCGGGACCCACUAUUUUCCCAAAGGGCUUACCGGAUGCAGCGGGAUCGGCGUGGGAGGAUUUACUAGUGGCGGCGGCGGCGGUGGCGGACACGACAGCAACGGUACCAGCAAAUUCAAAUGUGGACUGAACCGUAUCGAGGAGAAGCAUGUCGAGUUUGCUGUCGAUGAGAAGCCGUGUCUUUCUCCGUCGCGACAGUGCACCAGCGAGUCGUAUGAUUUGGUGAAAGCUCCGGCUGGCAAGAGCUCCACCUCCAACGGAAUGGCAAUCUUGAAGAACAGCAGCAGCAACAAUGGCGCCUUAUCGCAGCAACAGCAUCAACCCGCGCCAAAUGCAGCGGCCGCCAUGCAGAGCCCUAUCAUGCAGAAGAACCUUGGUAUGCAGCAUUACCGGAGCAUUGAAUCACCGUCUCCAAGGCAGCGCUGUCGCAUCCGAACCAAUCCGUGGCUGACGACAAUAGACGGAUCGCUGGCGAGUGCGGGGUUGAAGAAAACCGACCAGGAUUCCGGCUCGACGACCUCGUCCGGUAUCAAGUCCAGCAGUGGCACCGAUGACAAUAAGAAAGAUUCCAAGAAACUCAACGCUCUGUCGGAUUCCGAUUCCAGCUCUUCGACGGAGAAGGUGAUUAGCAAGAAAAUGCUGACACCGCGGAGUGCCAAGAAGGGUGCCGCCUGUGACCUGUCUCGGAUGGACAGCAAAGCAACAACUUAUUGCUCCGCCCUGGACAGUGACGAGGAUGCGACGCUCAACGAGAUGAUGGGCAAAUUCGACGAAAGCUAUCACUACGAGAAAGAGACUGACAUUUUGAGUUGUAGCGACUCAGACCCAACUGAUUGUCCUUCGGAUAUCGACACUGGUCAGGACGCUGGAGACGAGUGCGAUACCGACGACCUGCUAGACCUGGACUUCAUUGAUACCGGAUCGGUGCAGGAGGUAACUGACAGGGAGAACUAUCGAAACACUGGCAGCUGUUCCUACCACAACUUCCCCGAGAGGCGUUCAUCGAAGCACCGUGGUCGAAGUAAACGCAAUAGCGAAAGUGGAGGUUCGAAGAGACGAAAGAAGUUGGUUCGCACGAGGAAAAAGACGAUAGACUGUUCAAAUGGAGGUUCUGUACCGGAAAGUUUGUCGAUGAGCAGAGGCUGUCGAAGUCUUGGAGGAACUCCGGUUUCCCUGAGAAGGAAUCAAUCCGAGGAAAGAACGCCCACGCGGAAUGCUCCCCUAUCAAAUAGGUGCAAUUCGCUUACGUUUACUGAGGUUCAUUCGUUACACAGUCGAAUACUGGCAAUCUCUGAGAGUGAAAAGCAACUACUCAAAGCAGAUUUAGAAGCAGAUGUCAAGUACAAGCAGUUGAUCCAUGAGGCCGAAACGAUACUGUUUUCUAUGAAAACAAACAGUGUGAAGGAGCUGAAGGAAAUCAAAGAACCACCGACUAUUUGUAGUCCGAGAAGAAUCUGUAAUCCGCCUGCAAACAAACGCGUUGAAAUGCUUCGCAACUGCGAAGCGGACCUCAAACGAGAGCUUUCAAAAACAUGUACCCAAAAAUGUGCGGAAAACGGUACUGAACUCAACCCCGUUGAAGGAAUCAUCAUCAACAAGAGGCUCGAAGUACUUCGCUAUGAAACCUCUAUCUCCGCGCCAAACAGCCCCAAAAAUACUCGCGUCAUUCCUCGAAAAACUCACGUAACCAACUUCAUCAACCAGAACCAUUGUCCGGAACUAUCUCGUCGCCAAAGUGACCAUGAAAACGACCUCAAAAGUGCCAAAAUGUCCCCUCAUGCUACCAUCCAUGAACGGAACAUCGUUCCUCCGAAAUCGCCUGUCAUAACCAGGAGACGAUUCCGCAGCCAAAGUCCUAAAAUGAACAUCGUAUCGGACUCCGAUUCGGACACGGACCUAAGUCGAAACCUCGACAAGAACCACUCCAAGUGCAAAUCCAACAAAGAGAACAUUUCCUCCGCGAGGAGGAGCAUUACAGGGAAACAGAUGAACAACUUCAGGCACACGAUACACGCGGCAGGAUCGGCACUGGGCGAGGAAUCCAGUUCCGCGGUGGUUCCUAGUAGUGGUGGUAAUACUGUGAUCUACUCGAGUUCGCUGAACGAGAGUGACCUAAAGCGGGGAAUGCACAAGUCACCGCUGAUGUCUUUCCGAUCGGUUGAUAUCGGCAAUACGCUGACGGACGACAGCUACUGUCCGCAGAGCGAACCGCUGAAGCGCAAGAUCUACAGCGGAAGCUCUACGUUCGAGAAGAUUCAGCGAAGUUUGGAUGCGGAUCCAGAGCUGUCCAAGAAAGCUUUGCUGCACAAAAUCUCCUUGCUGCGACGCGAGCGCCAGGCCAAAUCGAAACUGGAAAACGCUAGUAACGGCUCACUCAAUGCGGGACAUGAACCGAGUAACGCCACCACAAAAUGUGCCAUAACGCUAGCAGCUAACGGCGAUAAAGCUCCCUUCGCUACGAACGAGGAGAUAACGCUCAGCGAUGCGACCACCACCGGGUGUGAUGCGGAAACGAAACAGCAGCUGAUUAUGGAUACCCUGGCCGAUAUCAAGCGGAGUCUCGAGGAUCAAAGCGUCGAGCUGAACGAGCUCAACGAUUCGGAUAAUUGAGGAAGUUGUGUACGCAUAGCGGGCGGGAGUGCUACUGCGGGUAUGAUGAAUACGCACAUACGCCUGCCGGAUAAAACACCCUGUAAUUACGCCAUUAAUCGAUUGACUGCGGGGUUGAUUGGGAAGAAAGAAUCCUGAUUGCAGAACGUUAAGUUUAUGUGGGUGUUUAUUUGGUGUAUUGGUUCAGUUUCUCUAACUGUGACGUCUUCUAGGUUCAAAUCUUACCAAAGUGUUGAUCAAAUCAAUGCUUCCACGUGUAUAGAACAAUUUUUUAUGCGAUUCGAUACUCUUCUAGACAAAACAUACAAUGAAUUUACUAUCGUUAGACUAUUAAUAGUUCAUUAUUUACUAACAGCCAUGUGAAGUGAAGAAAGUUCGUCGUAUUUUUUCAUUAAACUUUACGUGGAGUCCUUCCCAUAACUUAAGCAAAAUUGUUCCCUCCGUAUGUAAAGCUAAAAAUCGGCAUUAACCUUACUUCGACCUAAAAGCAUACAAUGAGCUAGUCAUUUCUACCAUAGUGGGAUCCAAAAGUAAUACGUAGUUACAGUAGUUGAUAAUAAGUUAUCUUUAAAACGAAACCGUAGUGAAAUUCGGCGAGAAAAAGCCCUUGGAAAAAUUGGAGCCUAAAAUUUAGUAUUUUUACUAUCCGUACUAGAACAAAAAUCGUAGAACUGAGUUUUGUAGUAUUUUCCAUCCAUCCAUUUAGUGUAGAGAUCAGAACAAAACAAAAAGAAGUCUUCUCCUUUUUCUAUAGAAUCCACUUCAAACUAUAUUCGCUACAACCGGCAGAUAUUGUCAUACGGUUGAUCGAUAUUCUACUCGAAUAUAAACUACUCCUGAAAGCAUAGUUUGUAGAAAAUUUAUGUUUCCAAUUCUUCACAAGUAACAAUAAAACAAAAUGAUAUAUAUUUAGCAAACGAUACAAUACAUGGAUUCAGUAGCGGGUAGAUGAUUUGAUACAAAAGCCAGAACAGUGCGAUCUAGUUGCAGCUUAGUUCCAUUUUCGAUUUGGGGUGAAUUUAUUUUUGAUUGAUAGAGAGUGAAGGUAGUACAGUUAUAGUUAUUUCAAAUCAUCAUUUGUAGUAUAUGUUCAUUUGUUUGUAGUUAUUUUGCAUGCUAUGUUUAUUUCC